AAAUGGUUUUGAUUCGAGAUCCUGAACUGCCGAGCCGAUUACUAAAGUCUUCUACAAUGGUCGUCUUGGUGGGCCACACUAAAGUUACCCGAAAGACAUGAUUCAUAUAACUAUAACGCCAUUGACUUCAUCCCAAGUCUUUGGCAGCACUUGUUUAUCUUUUCAAUUUCCACACACUUCAAUUUAAUUGCCUCAAAUCUGCUAAACAAGGCCCUUACUCACUACAACGAUGAUGUCCCACGCUCUUUCUCUUCACCUGCUCUUGCUCACCUCUAUAUUUUCAACAGCCCAAAUCAGCAGCGCCUCCACGCCGCCGGCCUACACCGCCACGGACUUAAUCCUCCUCAACUGCGGCGCGUCGGCAAUCGCAAACGACACCAGCCACCGGAGUUGGGACGGCGAUGCCCGUUCAAGAUACAUGCCAUCAAACGCCGCCUCCAUAUCUUCAGCUUCCGAAGCUUCCACUAUGGACCCUUCGGUUUUUCCAGUCCCUUACCGGACUGCUCGUCUCUUCCAUUCCCCUUUCACAUACACUUUUCCGCUCACCACAGGCCAGAAAUUCCUCCGCCUUUACUUCUACCCCAACGCCUACUCCGACGUCAACGCUACUCAAUCUCUUUUCUCUCUCACUGCGAAUUCCUUCACCCUGUUGAGAAACUUCAGCGCUUUCCUUCAUUCCCCGAGCUUAUCACGACCUGCUUUUAUGAAGGAAUUCAUCGUUAACAUCGGAGCAACGCAGAGGCUCGAUUUAACCUUCACCCCGAAUCCAAAGUCCUCCGCUUUCAUCAACGGAAUCGAGAUCGUGUCGAUCCCUGAUAAACUCUAUUUCAAGGGAAACGACGUGGUGAUCAAAUUUGUCGACCAGGUGUAUUAUCUCAACUCCGACACGGCUUUGGAGAAUCUCUACAGGCUGAACGUCGGCGGCGCGAGGGUCGCUAUCGAAGACGACAGUGGGCCCACGCGCGGCAUGUUCCGCGGCUGGAAUCCUGACGAUGACUACAUAUCCUUCGCCGAUGUUGGGUGGAAGAAGCAUGACGAGGGAGUUGUGAUCAAGUACACCGCCCAAACGCCGCGGUAUACUGCUCCGCCGAGAGUGUACACAUCUGCUCGUUUCAUGACCAACAUCAGCAAAAGCUUGGAGUGGGGAUUUCCGGUUGAUUCGGGAUUCUGCUAUCUGCUUCGCUUCCACUUUUGUGAAUUUCUGCAGGAAGCUACGGUGCCAAACGAUAGAGCGUUUUCGAUAAUCAUCAAUAAUCAGACGGCGGAUAUUCAAAUUGACGUCAUCGUCUUCGCCGGUGGCCCUGAUAUUCCCGUCUUCAGAGACUACAUAAUAUGGGUUCCUGACGACGGAGAUCGUGGAAAGCAAGACCUGCGCCUAUCGUUGGUUCCUUUGCUUUCGGUGGAACCAAGGCUUAUUAGCGCUUUGCUAAAUGGAUUAGAAAUUUUCAAACUCAAUGAUACCAAAGGGAGUUUCGCAGCCGCCAACCCUGAACUCACCAUGGUUUCUUCGCCGCCGGCUGCGCCGCUGCCGCCGAAGAAAAAUAGUGGAGGAUCUUCUGUUAUCUACGCGGUGACAGGAAGUGCGAUCGGUGUUGCUGCAGUUCUCGCCGCCGUGAUUUUCUUGAUCUUCCGGCGGCGGCGGAGAAUGAAGGACUCGGCGACGAGCGUCACCAAGUCAUCGUGGGUGCCUCUCUCGACGGGGUCGAGGUCCACCGCCAGAACUAGCGGAUCGGGCAUCUCCCUGCCUUCCGAUCUCUGCCGAUACUUCUCCAUCGACGAGAUCAGAACCGCCACCCGCAACUUCGACGACAACUUCGUCAUCGGAAAGGGAGGCUUCGGCAACGUCUACAAAGGCCUCAUCGACAACGCCGCCACAACCGUCGCGAUCAAGAGGCUCAACCCCAACUCCAGCCAAGGCGCCCGCGAGUUCCUCACAGAGAUCGAGAUGCUCUCCAAGCUCCGCCACCUCCACCUGGUCUCCCUCAUCGGCUACUGCGACGACGACGGCGAGAUGAUCCUCGUCUACGACUACAUGGCCCACGGCACCCUCCGCGACCACAUCAUCCACACCUCCGACGACGCUAACUCACCGUUGUUGUGGAAGCAGCGCCUCCAAAUCUGCCUCGGCGCCGCCAAGGGGCUCGACUACCUCCACACCGGCGCCAAGCACGCCAUCAUCCACCGCGACGUCAAGUCCACCAACAUCCUCCUCGACGACAAAUGGGUGGCCAAGGUGUCCGACUUCGGCCUCUCCAAAGUCGGCCCCGCCGCAGGCGGCCAGACACACGUCAGCACCGUCGUCAAAGGCAGCUUCGGCUACGUCGACCCCGAGUACUGGCGCCGGCAGCAGCUCACGCUGAAAUCCGACGUCUACUCAUUCGGGGUGGUGCUGUUCGAAGUUCUAUGCGCGAGGGCGGUGAUAAACACAGCCCUACCAAAAGAGCAAGUGAAUUUAGGAGACUGGGCUAAGCUUUGCUACAGGAAAGGGAAACUCGAUCAGAUCAUCGAUCCCAAUCUCAAGGAUCAGAUCGCGCCCGAAUGCUUGAGCAAUUUUGCAGAGAUAGCCGUCGCAUGCCUCAGAGACAACGGGAUUGAUCGGCCAUCCAUGAACGACAUCGUUUGGAAACUGGAGUUCGCUUUGCAGCUCCAAGUAUCGGCGGAGAGCAGAGACGGCGCUGCAGCCUAUGGCGACGGCAACGGCAACGGCGCCGUGAACCCGUCGUUGCCGUUGCUGGGCAUGGGGAUCGGCGCGUCCAACACGACGACGGACUACGACGACACGUUUUCGAGAUCGAAGAGCAGCGAUUUCUCGACCAGCAGCAGCAGCGAAAAGCUCAAGUCGGGAGAUGUCUUCUCGGAGAUCAUCAACCCGUUAGGCCGUUGAGGCCGUGAUUUUCCGUUUUUACCGUUGUAUGUUUUUUUUUUUUUUUUUACUUUAAUCUUGAGUAUAGUGAUAAGGUAGUUAGCCAAUUAAAUCACGUGGCCCACAUAAAAGGUUUUCCUGUCAAUUUUUUGUCGAAUUAAUUGACUCCCACUACACUAAAUAGCAAUAUUUAUAUAAA